UUUUUUUUUUUUUUUUUUUUUUUUUUUUCUAUUAAUCAUGUAUAUAAUUUGUUUCUUUAGCGCCUUUGCAUCAACAUCUACAUCAACAUGGUGUAGAUUAUUUACAGUUUUCCUUUCGGUGGAUGAAUAAUUUAUUAACGAGAGAAAUCCCUCUUCAUUGUACAAUUCGUUUAUGGGACACUUAUUUAGCGGAAUCCGAUCGAUUUGCUUCGUUUCAACUUUACGUAUGUGCCGCGUUUCUUCUUCGUUGGAGACGUCAUCUUUUAUUGCAACCAGAUUUUCAAGGACUGAUGUUAAUGCUACAAAACCUGCCUACACAAAAUUGGACAGAUUCAGAAAUAGGAAUAUUAGUAGCGGAAGCGUACAAAUUAAAAUUCACGUUUGCAGAUGCUCCCAAUCAUUUGCAAGCUCAUGAUACCAGGUGACCAUUUUGCGAUGCGUUUAGAUAACGGUGUUAUAAUCGGGAUCAGAAACAUUGGCACAAGUGAUUUUGUGCUAAAUCGAUACGCCUAUUUUUACGAUCAUCGUUUACGUUAUCAUACACCUCGGUGGCUCAUAAUUAAUUUUAGGUUGUUUUCUAUCUGAUUACAAGUUAUGAAUUUUUAAAUGCUUUAUCCUGUAGUUCAAAGAGAAAGUUCUAUGCUUACGUUAUGUUUUUAAAAAAUCAAAUGGUGUUUAUAAAUUUUAUUAUUAUUAUUAUUAUUAUUAUUAUUAUUAUUAUUAUUAUUAUUUUGUUAUUAUUAUUAUUAUUAUUACCAUAAUUAUUAUAAUAUUAUCAUAGCAAUUAUUUUUAAAAUAAUCGAAAUUAAGUUUUCCCGCCAUUUCUCAAUUAAUUAAAAAAUAUACAUGCAAGUUGAAUUAUAAAAAAUGUAACGCGAAUCGAUUAUCACUCAUUUGUGAUUCGUAUUACAUUUGAGUAAUAAUAUAUUUAGGAUUAUUGUGUACAUCAGUAACAUAAAUAAGCGAAAGGUUUUAUAAACCAGCUAUACAAUUAUAUAAUUGUUAUUUUAUGUAGCGAUUACAAGUUUUCUUCUACUCGUAUAAAUUUUCAGUUUGUGUUCGCUCAACAAUGGAAUUGUGUUUUUAAUUUAAACGAAACGAAAGUAUGCAGAAGUAUGUCGAAAUAUAUACAAUUUACAAUAUACAAAACACGUAUAAAUAGAAUAUAUAAGCAACUACAAUGAUAUUAUUUCCGUUUUUGUCAAUUUUUAUUUUUAAAUUUCAAGAUGUUUAUGAAAAGCGAUAUUCGGAAUUUAGAAUCUCGUAUCGGAGAAGAUUUUAAAAUGUGAUCUUUGCCAUGUUAUGCAUUGCCAUAAAGAUAAAGACAUAUAAUUGGAAAGACUAUUAAAUACCUUUAAAAUAUUUGUA